UUGUAAAUCAAAACAUUACACGGGCCGAAAGCAGAGAGCCGAGACAACCAUCAGCUGAGCAGCGCCGCGUCCACCAAACGUUUGGAGGCGGCUGCAAAUUUUUUACUUAUCGGUGUAAUCUACCGACUUAACCUCUUCAAAAUGACGUUCUCCAAGAAUAACAAGAUGCUGAGUCACAUCGGCUACAGGAUGAAGGUGACCAUGCAGGACAGCCGAACAUUCAUUGGGAUAUUUAAAGCGUUCGACAAACACAUGAACGUGAUCCUGGCAGACUGCGAGGAGUUCCGAUGCAUCCGAGGCAAGAAAAACAAGGAGGAGAAGCAAGAGAAGCGCACCAUGGGCCUUCUGCUGCUACGGGGAGAGACCAUCGUCACCAUGACCCUUGAGGGACCCCCACCCGCCGAGGAGGGACCCCGCGUCAACCUGACCGGAGCCGCCCCCGGCCCCGGCAUUGGCAGGCCCGCCGGCCGUGGCAUGCCUGGCCCUGGAGGUGCUGGCCUGCAGGGACCCGUGCGGGGAGUGGGCGGCCCCUCCCAGCAGAUGAUGCAGCCCGCAGCUCGUGCCGGACCCCAGCUCAACAUGCCCCCCCGUGGAGGCCCCCCUGGAUCCAUGCCUCCUCACAUGAUGGGUGGCAUGCCCCCACACAUGGGCCGUGGUGGUCCCAUGGGGCCCCCCAGCGGCUCCAUGAUGAGAGGAGGUCCCCCCGGUGGUCGCCCCUACUGAGCUGCCCCCGUCCCAGUCCUCCAACCCCCCUCGUCACCCUGGGUCUCCUGCAGAGGCUCCUCGUCACCAUCACCCACCAUUGCUCCUCUUCCUCUUUACUCUCAUCAUGUGUUUUAAGUCAAGUUAUGUUCACAUUUAUUGAUGUGAAUGUAUUUCAUGCUAUAAGUUAGGAAAACAUUUUUACUUGAGUUCAGUUUCUUUAAAGUUUUGAGAAGAAUUUGUACACAGAGUUUGUGCUCUUUAAAAUGUCUUUUAUUUGUCUUUUUCUGCCAUAAUUCUUUUAUUUUGGAAGGGAAAGAUUUUUUUGUACAAAUUAAGACUUAAAUACAAUAUCAUCAUCAUCAUUAUUA